CCCGUGUUUACAUGCCUCACUUGCACUUUCCACUGCAAGAACACUCACAGUGCAAUCGUUCCAGUCCCAAUCCCAGUCCCAUACAGUGAAUUAACAAGCCCCUAGGUUACCUGGACCUAGGACACAAUUGAUGUGAGAUGCAUCCUACCAAAUGGCCCCCGCUCGCAAGCGUGUGGGGCUCGCGGCGCGCGCUCGGCGGCUUGCAUGACCCCAAAGACCCCCUCAUCACGCUGCAGACGCUCAAAGCUCUCAAGUCACUCAAGUCCCUGCAGUCGCUACAAUCGCUGCAGUCGCUGCAGUCGCUGCAGUCCCUGCAGUCAUUGCGAGAGCUGCAGGCCAUGCAGCGACUACCACUCAACUGGCCGCACGUCGCCAGCCACGAUUUUAUAUUUUACUCAUCAAAAGGCGAAGAACCCAUUAUUCGAUUAGACAAGACGCUGGGCCGAGUGCCGGGUGCGGGCACUUUCCCUCCACACUGGCUGCGGCUUCCCGCCACCCCGCCGCCACAUUUUGAGGUGGGGGGAGGUGGAGCUGGACAGGCGGGGGGAGCGAGUCGGGUGGGGGGCGAGUGGGGCGGGCUGGCGGGCGGCUGGGUGGCGGGGGUGCUGCUUCUGCUGGCCGCGCUUCUGCUCGUGCGCUUUGUCGACCGCCUCACCAGGAGGAUACUCAGCCUGAGAAGGCGACCGUCGGAGGAAUGGCCGACGCCGACCGUCCUCGCGACCUCGCAACAAUACUUGGAAGGAGACGACGUUCCUUCCCGAUCGCAGUCCGAAGAUAGCGCGGACCCGCCGCCGCCCUACUCGGCUUGUGCGCCCGCCGGCGACAAACGUAAUGUAACUCUGGAGGAGCCCCCGCCGCCCUACUCCGCCUGCUACGUCGCAUUCUCUAACCCGAAGGAGGGCAUUCCCUCCGUGCAAUUUUACAACGGGCAGGGACAAAACCUCAGUGUGGAACCUCAGAGGAGCGUUAGUGAGCCCGAACGGCAAAAUACAAUCGAUAAAAGUGAUGGUUGUGAUAACAUAAUUGUGUCAGCUGUGAAUCCAAACAUAGAGAACAGAGACGAGACAAUCAUAGACUCGAUGCCAUCGACAAGCGGCUUGGCCGGAGGGGGGAGUCAUAUUGUCAAUAUUGGCUGACUUCAAAGCUGUCAACAAGCUUUGUAAUCAAACUUCAAGCAAUAAAUAAGUGAUUUAUUUACUUUAUCAUAACUCAGACAGUCCCAGUUAUAAUAAGUCUAUUCGAGGCACAAACUUAGGGCGCGUAGUGACACAGAUAAUAUUUCAAAUCUCCAUAACUUCUUAUAUUUAUUCUUAGAAACGUAUAGAUCUAAAUAUAGCUUAACUGUAAGUUUUUAGGAAUGUAUCUUUUUUGUGAAUUAUGACAAAUAUACACGAAAUAUAAUUUACAAAUAUUAUUUUAUGCGUUUAA